CUCAAUGUUUGAAGGUCAAGGUUGUUAUUGUUUACAUGUUGAAGCUUGUGUUUGUAAACUUUUUCUUUGUAAAUUUUCUGCCGUUUAUAAUAAAGUAUUUUUGAAAAUUAAUUUUUUGUCUGCACACUAGUACGUUAUGUAAGAUGGGUGAUGGGGAUGAAUAUCUGAUAAAAAAAUGUGGACUCAAGUUUGAUCCGCCAUCUUUAGUGUUGGCUUAUGUUGAUAUAAAAACCAACAAACUUCGACGGAGAACAAUGCCGCUACGAGACUUUCACAAAAACUCUAAACUAGACGAAUUUAUUACAGAAUUAAAAUCCGCAAAACAUGGACAAUUUGUGAAAUUAAUUCCAAGAGGACAGCUUGUUCGGUUGUUGACUAUUGUUAAAGACAAAUUAAACGGAAUGAGUCUGGAGGCAAGCCUUGCACGAAACAGUGAAUUAGAAAAAAUAGAUCCUGAAGAAAAUCUGAACAAAGUUGACGAUGAAACGUUACAACGCAAAAAAUUACAAAUGGAUGCUUUGUUUGAAAAGAAUCGUAAAAAACCUGGUGAUCCAGGAUUUGAGUAUGACAUCGAAGUAGAUUUUGAAAAUCAAGCAAAAAUUGAAUCAUCAGGUUGGGAUUCUGAUGGGUCUGAUCCCGAAUUUUGAAAAUCUAAUGAAAUUCAUUGCCUUAGGUUACACCACUUCGAAAUUUUGUUCUUCUGGAAAGCUUAUUAAAGAUACUCUUUGAUUGGCAUUUAGCGAUCAGGAAACACAUUAACAGAACACAGUUUUUAUCGUGCUUGAUAAGAAUAAGUGAAUACUUGUUGAAACGUUGUGCUUUUAGAAUAAAACUAGUGAUUGUUUCCCAUAAAAACUGUGUUUUGUUAAUAUUAAAGAUGCAUUAUGCAAGAUUAAAGAGCUGACAGUUCUCGUUAUAAUAGUACUGUUAAAGAUGUUUUAUGUAAGAUUUAGAUAAAGAGCGGACAGGUCUCACUAUAAUAAUACUAUUAAAGAUUUAUUAUGUAAAAUUUAGAUAAAAAGCUGACAGUUCUCACUAUAAUAGUUCUAUUAAAGAUGCAUUAUGUAAGAUUUAGAUAAAGAGCUGACAGAUCUCACUAUAAUUGUUCUAUUAAAGAUGUAUUAUGAAAGAUCUAGAUAAAGAACUGACAGUUCUCACAAUAAUAGUUCUAUUAAAGAUGCAUUAUGUAAGAUUGGAUAAAGAGUUGAUAGAUCUCGUUAUAAUCGUUAAAAGAUAGAUAAUGGAAAGGGAAUAUGUUGAAAAAUUUCAGUCAAAUUACUUCAUUCUGAGCUAUGUUAGGGCUGUUUGGAGUCUUGAUUGUCAUUGCUACCAUUAUUAUGAUAGUAAACAAAGUCUUGAUAUCCAAUUUUUAAUUAAAUCAUUAUCUGUCAAUCAUUUUUAAAUCUGUUGAAAAUCAAGAGCAUCCGAUGGAUUAGAGAUUUGAUUAUGGUCUUGUCAUGUUAAUAAAUGUCUAAAUGACAAUUUAUAUAACAUUUAAGGCCUAAAGAAAGACCUGCAAUAGGCAGAUUUAGCUCUUGAAUAAUGCAUCUUUAAAGUUUUGCUUCCUAUGUCUUGGGAGGAAAAAAAUAAUUUAAAACAAAAAGUAUUUGAUUGCUCUGUUUAAAUGCUUUUAUUAGAGAUUUGAAAUUUUAAACAAGAAGUCAUUAUAGAGGACAUGAGUGGCUAUUUAUGAGAAAUAAUUUAGCCCAGUAGUGAUCCCUUGACAAAAUAAAAACACACAAAAAAAAAACCUCCCUCCUGCAUCAGAUUUUUGGUAAGGACUGUCUGAGAACCAUAGUAUGACCUAAUAAAAGCCCUUUUUUUGGCAUAUCUCAUGUGUUAUCAUCAUUAUCUGAUGUUGGUACAUUCAAAAUUGCAAAAUUAAAGUUUAUAUCUUAAAAUUAAAAUAAAUACACUUGCAAAGCUUACACUCUCAAGCUAGUAUAGCUGCUAAGCGACUCUGGUUUUACAAUGCCAUUUAUCCAUGUAAAAUAUAACUAUUAAAAGGCCCACAAUGACAUCAAAUGUAGAAAAAUUAAUUUUCAUAAUGUUAUGAGCAAGAUUUUCCUUAAAUACUGGAUUGUUUGAGCUACUUUUCGUUUUAUGUGAAAAAAAUUUCUAUAAUGUCUGGGCACUAUGCACUGUAACCCGAGCCCCAAUCUCUUUCACAAAUUGUUUAAACAUGCAUUAUGCAAGAGCUAAAUCUGAUUAUUGCAAGUCUUAAUUUAGGCUUCAGAUGUUAUAGAAAAUAUAAAUUAGAUCUGUAUUUAAACAACAAGACCAAAAUCAACUCUGUAGACCCACGGAUGGCUCGCCUACAGCUCGGAUUUAAAUAGGAUUUCACUAAUUGAUUAAAUCAAAUAAGGGGUAACCUGAUGAAAAUACGUCAGUUAGAUCGAGGUUAAAUGAUAGAGUGUACUUAGCGAGGCCGCUGUAAAGCGUUUCCGUAUGCCAUUGAAAACUUUACUUAAUAAUCGAGACAUGUAGGUGGAGUUAACGCCUGUCAAUCAAACGAUCAGCGAAGGUGAAUACGCAUUUCGCUACCAUUUUUAGUCAAAUAUUACAACGAUGAUAACUAUGUUCAGAAUAUAGUAAUUUGACUGAAUUUUUCAAUAUAUUCUUCUUUCAUCAUCUACUUUUGAACUGUUAUAGCAAGAAUGGCCAACUCUCUAUAAAAAUCUCCCAUAAUGUAUCUUUAAAAUUGACAAAAAUUGUUCAAUUCUGAUUACAAGCAUCAAAUUUACAAGUGUUUAAUUUCCUGACCACUGUUCAAAAAUAAACAACCAUAUUGAUUACUAAUUUAUAAUAAUUGAUUGGGAAGUUAUACGCAAGAUUAAACUAUAUUGGGUUUACAGUGAUAUGAGUACAGGUUUACAAGAAUUAUAAGUAGAAACUUAAAUUGAAUCUAAGAAUUACCUAUUAAAUUUCUUGCUUGUUACUUAAAUUUGGUAAUGGGUGUUAGGAUUGUUUAAAGGUAGUUCUGUGUGGAAAUUACAAGUACGAGUUCUUUAUUCGCACGCCAAUGUGUACAUGCCAGAUGAGACCUCAAUUUUUAAUUCCAUCCAAAUGGCUAGACAGCUGUCCUUGUCAGGCCUUUACAUGUAAGUCAUUUUAUAAGUUGGUAAAAAAGUUUUAUUCAUAUGGAUGUACAUGUUUUUUGGUCAUAUGUUACGAUGUUAAACUUAAAACGUCUUAUUUUAUUUGCCAUUUUGGGAUUGUAUAUAUUGUGUUUAUUGGGUAAAAAAAACUACGCAAGUCUAAAUAUGGUCCUAAAUGUUGCUAGACUGAACAGGUGCACUCAAAGUUUUCAUAGGAUUGUGAUAAUAAAAGUAGUUUAAGUAUGUAAAUGAAAAUAAAAUAUGUUGGGGGUGGGGGUGUAGGUUGCUGAAUGGUUAAAGGCGUGCUGUUAGGUCGUAAGUGGUGUGGUUUGGAUUCCCCGCUUGUACGUAACAAGGAGUAGGAUCACCUGUCCAACCUUCAGGGUUUUCUCUGGGUCCUUCGGUUUCCUCUCACAGCUGAAGACACAUACGCGAAUUUUGCCAUUUAAAUGGAUUACAUGAACAUAGAGCAGUGCAGGACAUCUUGUUGUGAAUGGAAAAUACGAAAUAAAGAUGUAGUUUAAGAUGUAGUUUAAAUUAGAUCUGAUUGCAGUUAUCUUUAUUCAAUAUUAAUUAAAUUUUUGUUCUUCAAAACAACUAAUCUUAUUUUUCUUCUCCUUUUCUCAGGGAAAAAAACUAAUUUAAAAACCAAAAGUUCUUGGUUUCAAAUUGCAAACAAAACGUUGUUGACCAAAUUAAUGUGGCUAUUUAUUUAAUUAUCAAGUUUGUGAAGAACUAAAAUAGAACAUAUCAACAACUUGUUUUAUUUAUUAUUCAUUGUGCCUAUUUCUUUUGAAAUGUCCAUAAUUACCAAACAGAUUGUUGGAAUAUUUAUAUUAACAAUUAUUGUUAUACUUUUUAUCGUUAUUAAAUUUUGAUAACAGAAAAAUAAAAAAUUACUUUGAUC